GAUUCGAGUCACGUGACAUUACGUCAUCUUUCCUCGACACCCCAGCUUGUCAUUGCAGUGCGAGAUGGCGUCGCAAUCUGAAAACUCAGCUGCAGCAGACGCAGAACUGGAUGAAUUAUUGGACAGUGCACUGGAUGACUUUGAGAAGACGAAUGUUCCUCAUGCUCCUCCUGAAGCCCCCAGUGCAGAAGCGAAGACGGGGCAGAAGCCGCCUCUGCUGGAGGACAGUCAGUUCUUCGAGUCUCUGUUUGAAGGAGAGGUGGCUCACCAGGCGAGGGAGGAGUGGGAGAGAGCGAUGGCUGAGCUCGCACAGGAAGAACCCGAGCUGAUUCAGCAGUUCCACAAACUGUCUGAGGCCGCCGGGAAAGUGGGUACUGAUGCAGUGUCUCAGCAAGAGUUUGCUUCCUGCCUCAAAGACACGCUGAGUGGUUUGGCCAAAAACGCAGAUAAUCUGCAGACCACCGGAUUGGCCGGGGAGGAUCUGGCUAAAACGUUAGAAGGGCUGGGAUUGGAUGAGAACAGUGAAGGGGGCGGGGAUGAUGGAAAUAUCCUCCCCAUCAUGCAGUCCAUCAUGCAGAAUCUUCUGUCCAAAGACGUGCUGUAUCCAUCACUCAAGGAGAUCACAGAGAAGUACCCUGAGUGGUUGGACAGUAACAGACAGUCGCUCUCAGCUGAGGAUGUCCAGCGGUAUGAGCAGCAGCACAGGAUCAUGGGAGAAAUCUGCAGCCAGUUUGAGAGAGACGGAGACACAGAGAGCAGCUUUGAGAAAAUUCUGGAGCACAUGCAGAAGCUGCAGGAUUUGGGUCACCCGCCGAAGGAGCUGGCCGGAGAAGCGCCCCCUGGUCUGAACUUUGACCCGGAGUCUCUUCAUCUUCCUGGAGCAGCUGGGGGGGAGCAGUGCUCAAUCAUGUGACCUCAGAGAGGCAGAGAUGUUAGCGAUAUAACGAUGAUAUAAUGUGUGUGUGUGUGUGUGGAUGGAUGGAUGGAUGGAUGGAUGGAUGGAUGGACGGACGGACAGACAGACAGACAGACUAUUUAACAUGAAAUACUGCCUUUAAUUAAACAGAAUAAUAAUUCACCUCACAUUAGUCGGUUUACACAAUAAAAUCGGUUAGUUAACACCUUUUAGCUAACGUUAGCGUUACUUCUCUAGCAGUAGCAGAUGUUUGCUAACUUUAGCUAAACUACUGUUGUGUAAUUAAAUACAAAUACUUUAUCCAGGUAACAUCCACUAUUUUAUGCUAAUCAGUACACAGAGCUGAAAAAACACCUUGCGAUGAUAAUCGAUUGAUUAAAUUUACUAUAAGCUCCUCCGACUUUGAUGCAGGUACUCCAGUCAGUAUUGUGCUGUAAUGGAUAUAUUAAAAAACAAAAAAAAUCUGAUCAUUAUUUCAUCUAAUGGUUUUAUAUACAUAAUUAUUGAGAAUAUUGUGUGAUUUUUACAACACUAAGAGUGAAGCCAUUUAAAUGCAGGUGUGUGUGUGUGUGUGAGAGAGAGUGUGUGUGUGUGUGUGUGUGAGAGUGAUAUUCUAUUCCUUUAAAUGUUGAUAAAAUGUGAUUUAUUCCUCAGUGAUGUUUAGAACGUUUAGAAUAAUUAAAAGUGGCGUGUGUGUUUAA